AUGGAGUUCCCCGCCUAUCCCAGCUUCGUCACUCCGUGGGCUCACUCCCUUCUCUUCCCGGGCGCUACAACACUAAAGCGCAAAGCGGAUAGCGAAACGUCCACCAUUCUCUACUCCACGUUACCACCUUUCGUCGCCAGCCCAGAGAAGCGUCUUCGCAUUCCCGAGACUAGCAUUUGUGGUGCUAAUUCUUCGCAGUAUUCGCCCUCCGCCACUCCCAGCUCAGUAUUUUCCGCCUUCGACGGGGAGUUUCAAGCCUUGCCCCCGCUGACCCCGUCUUCCCCAACAAGCUCUCCCUUCACCUCUCCGCCGAUAUUCCCACUCUCCUCCGGGACAGCCACAUCUGCCCUCACCUCUUCCUUCUCUCCCCGCGCAUCCCCCGCGACCCCCGCUUCCCCUGCCGCGGUCCCCCUCGCGCUCCCCCGACGCCUUAAGGGCGUGCGGCAGCGCAAGUGGGGGCGGUGGGUGACGGAGAUCCGCUGCCCGCGCACCAAGACGCGCGUGUGGCUGGGAUCUUACUCGACCGCGGAGGAAGCCGCGCGCGUGUACGACAUGGCGGCGCGGAUUAUCUUCGGCGAAGUUACUUCGAAGGUCACUCUUAACACGCCCGACGCCAACCCGCGACCCGUGACCGUUGCGAAGAGCAUCGCCGAGGCGCUCAUUAAAGUUGCGCGAGCCAGCAGCGGCGACGGCGACGCGACUCCCGUUGACCUGUCCGCGUUUCGCGGCGACAUGGCGUGUUUGGAGGUUGUCGGGCAGAACGUGGUGGUGUCUGAAUGCCCUUUCACGCCGCUCGCGCUCACAGUCACACCGAACGUUCAAGACCAGACUUGCCGUCUAACGAAAUGUCAAUCUGCCGCGUCAACCAACGCUGCUAAUUCCGAGAUUCGUCAGGAGCAGUCGGGCGCGGUUACUACUAAGGGAGUGGCUGCUAACGAAAAACCAUCUGCUCUUAAUGUCCCAUCCCCGCUAUCCCUUAUUGACGAGCUCUUUGACAACAGCUUCUGCGACAUCCUGGCGACCCCUUCAACGAUGUCGCCCUCGGUCUGCGACCUGGGCGAUUUUGAGAGCCUGGAGAACCGCAAACUCGAUAGCGAGACGUCUACCUUUAUGGACUCAACAUUACCGCCUUUCCUUCCCAACAGCCCAGAGAAGCGCGCUCGCAUUUCCGAGACUAGUUUCAGUGGCGUUACAUCUUCGCCCUCCGCUACUCCCAAUUCAGUCCUUUCCACCUUCGGCGGCGAGUUCCAGCCCUUGACCCUGUUGACCGCGCUGACCGCGCUGACCGCGCCUCCCCAAACAACCUCUCCGCUCGCCUCUCCGCCGAUCUCCCCGCUCUCCUCCCCGGGUUACUCAUCCGCACUCGCGACCUCCCCUGCUCACCCCUCGUCUCCCGCGCCCGCCGCUGCCCCCGCCGCUGGCCCCGCCGCUUUCCCCGCGCUCUUCCGCCGCCUCAAGGGUGUGCGGCAGCGCAAGUGGGGGCGGUGGGUGACGGAGAUCCGCUGCCCGCGCACCAAGACGCGCGUGUGGCUGGGCUCCUACGCGACGGCGGAGGAAGCGGUGCGCGUAUACGACAUGGCGGCGCGGAUGAUCUUCGGCGAAGAUUCCUCGACGGUCACUCUCAACGCGCCCGACGCGGCCCCGCGUACCGUGACCGUCGCGAAGAGCAUCGCCGAGGCGCUCAAUAAAGUUGCGCGAGCCAACAGCGGCGAAGGCGAUGCGACCGUUGACUUGUCCGCGUUCCGCGGCGACAUGGCAUGUUUGGAGGUUGUCGGGCAGAACGUGGUGGUGUCUGAAUGCCCUUUCACGCCGCUCGCGUUGGAAAUGACGCCGAACGGCCACGACGAGACUUGCCGUCUUCCGAAAUGUGAGACUUCCACGUCAACGAGCGCUGAUUGCGAGAUUUAUCAAAACCAGUCGGACAUGGCCACUAAUACUAACGGAGUGGCUGAUAACGAUAUAUUAUCUGCUUCCGACGUCCCGUCCGCGCUCUCCCUCAUUGAGGAGCUUUUCAGCGACAGCUUCUGCGACAUUCUGACGACCCAUGCUGCGAUGUCGCCCUCUGCCUGCGACCUGGGCGAUUUUGAGAGCCUGGAGAACGUCUCGACCCUCUGGGGAGAAAUCUUUUGA